CUCUUCAGAAGACGAAAGCCGACCGCCCUCCUCGCGGCAAAAAAAAGAAGGGGGUGUUAGUCGAAUCGAACGAACGAAAAAAAACCAAAAGUCGUGAAGAUGAUGUUUUGCGUGAUCUUGGGCUUUGCGCUGUCGAGUGCGAUCGUCAUCUAUGCCAUUUUUACCGUUGCAUUUUGGUUCUGCUGUGAAUAAGCAAUAGGCCUUAAUUUUUGUUCCCUUCCUGUGAUGUGUCAUUUUCAGCAAAAAAUCAAAUCAAAGAAGAAAAUCAUGCUGAUGGUUAAUGAAAUCGAAAAACCAAAACAAACGGUUGUAGGCUUAUGAUGAUGUCUUCGGGGAAAAAGAAGUGUUAAAACGUGAUGAACGUGAUACUCGAAUUUGACGAAAAAAGGAAAAAUCGAAGAAAAUCCAAAACAAUAGCCAAACCAAAGUGAAAGAGAGGUGUAAAAGAAGUGUGAAGCGGUCAAUUUUUUGAAUAACGAUCGAGAUCGAGAGUGAGCUGUGAAAUUGAGCCAAAUUGAGUGAGGAGACCUCGUCCAAACGGUCGUUGUUGUUGGAGUGAUCUUUGAUGUUCAUGUUUUGGGAGGGUAGCCGCCCAAUUGCAUAAGUCCUGGUCGCAGUCGAAAAUAAUUGGAUUGGAUUUUGGAUGGACUGCGUGCUCACUAUUCAAAAUAAUAACAACGACGGAAAGUGAACAGCAACAAAUCGGUUUACCUUUACAGAGGAUUUCAAGAAAAUGAGGAGCGUCAUCUCGUCGAACAGAACCACAAAAAUGCUCGACAAAAUACCCUCAAAAUAGCUCCGGUAGCUAAUAAAUUCCGAUUCCGAAGAUAGGCAGCCAACAAGAAUGGAAACGCUCAAAAGUUUACUGUUGCAACAUCCCCCGACAUCGACGACAACGAGCAUUCCACCGCCAGUGCCGCCACCCCCGUCUGCCGUCGAAUCUCUGCUAAUAUUCGAUGACCUCUUCAAAACAACUAAUGGAGGCAGCAGCAGUAACGCGGUCAACGAUUUCAUCCCACCGCUGGUGCCAACGACCAGCAGCAGUAGUAGUAGCUCGACGACGGCAGCGGCCACGACCCCGGUCAUUGUGGGGGUGGCAGUGAAGCGAACCCUCCGAAAGCAGCAACCUACUCCCUUUGAUGGGAAGGAGUUGGAGUCGGAGCCGUCGACGACAACAACAACAGCUGUUUUGCAGGAGCAGAAGCAGCAACCGCAACAAAAGCAGGACUCAGUUCCCAUGAGGGAACUGAGCCAAGCGGAGAUUCUAGAACGGUGGCAUCGGGAUCUGUUUCAUAGUCCUCCGAAUACAGCACGAUUGGUGUUUGGAGAUCGGAGGGAAAACAAUGCUGAUGGUGGUGAUAAUGAUGAUGCCGCUGCUGCGACUGCCGAUGUUGAGGUAGACAAUGGUGGUCCCCUAAUCGAUUUGAUUGAUUUCGAAACGGAGAUUGCCGAGCCCGGGGGGGUUCUCGGGAACAAUGAGAAGGAGCAGCAGCCGAAGGCGAAAGUAAAACGGGUUACGUUUCUUUUGGAUGAUGAUUUUGACGAACGGGAUGAGGAGGAGGAAGAGGAUGGAGGUCGAGGCGAUAGUGAGUCGGGAGACGAUGAAAUCGGCAGCGAUGUUGUAACAAAAGAAGGUGAAUGGGAUGUAACUGAUACCAUCAUUGGGUUUGAAACGAGUGGGUGGGGGAAAACUAGCGAAGGCGUUGCUGGUAAUGAAAUAUCAACAGAGACUAAGCAAACAGAUGACUUUGUUUCGAUUUUUGGAAACGGUGGGGAGACGAGGGGAGCGAGGACAGGUGCCACCGGAUCCCUUUCUGCUGCCGCUGCUGGUGGUCACGUUGACUGUGUACCAACAACAACAGAAACGGAGGCAAAGGAGAUGCUCCAGUGCGCAUGUCCGAUGUUACAUUACGAUGGUCACGAACAACAUUGCCAUCAUCAUAAUCAUCAGCAAAACUGCCAGCAUCCAGCAGUAUUAGAUUCGACAAGUCGAGCCUCAAAAGGGGGCGCAGCAUCCCUGGAGCUUCCUCGAGUCUUAGCCACCUUAUCAGACAACGGGGACACUAACACAGCUGCGGAAGUGGUGCUGAAUUCCGAUACACCGAUGACACCGAGGUGGGAGAGCAAAAUCGACGAAAUUCCAUCGCCAGAGGACAACUACCGGAGCGUAGAGAGUGCAGGGAAGCAGAACGCAUGUGCGGCAUCGGCUGGCAGCUCUUCUUCCGGCAGUCUGAAACAGCCUCGGUCGUGGAUCGAUUCCAGUAGUGCUGCCUCUCGCAGUGUAGAUUUUGUUGACGUUGAACGUGAUUUCAACGGAAAGGACCAAGUUGGCAGCACGUCCUGUACCCGAACGGGAGCCGAAAGGGUCCUCCGCGAAAGAAUCGAUGAACAGCCAGAAUCCAGUCGUAGUCCACAGCCACUGGUCAAACAAGUAGAAAAUGUUGUAACAGCAGGAACGCGUACCUCUGCUCACGGACAGCUGGAAUUUGGACAGGAAAACCAGCUCAUUCGGGAUUCAUCGUGUGAAAAAUCGAUUCAAGUGCCGUCCACGGAUCGGAUUCCUUUCAAAUCUGGUUGCUCUACGCCCAAUUUCCGCGACCAGAACCAGGAGCAGGAAAAUUCCUACCACAAAAGUUCGGACAGUGAGAGUGAAAAUUAUUAUGGCACCUGCUCCCCACCUCUACUGGGGCCACCGUCAGCAUCGUCAGUCACGUCCCACGGUGUCGCGGAAGGUUCUUACGGAAGUCUGAACGUGGAAGUGACCCUCAACGCUCAUAUCAGUGUUCAUGGAUUAAGUGAUUUUAACUUCUUCAACGCUGCGACAGCAGCUGCUUCGCACAGUCCAGGAAGUCUCGUCGUCGCAGACGGAAAGAUUCUGAAGGAUUCUGCUACCAAUACCAGCAGGAACAGUGGAAGGAACAACACCAGCAACGUUACCCCAUCGAGUGCUGACAGUGGAAUUAUUAUUAUCGACGAUGACGUCGACGAUUGUGGUGUUAGUGCGGAAGAAGGUGAAAUCUGUGAACCAAUUCCAAUAGUGCUAGGAGCUGGUAGUUCCGAGUUUAGGAAAUCUGCUGGUCAGCAAAGUCGGGAUCAGGAUACCCAAACUUCGUCCCAUCUCGAAUCUUUUCGAUCUCCUUCUAGCCCUUACUCUGGCCCCAACAAAUCUACUAGUGAAAUAAGUGUACAAGUAUGUGAAAACGAAGAUUCCGACCUACGCCAUCUAGACGGCAGUGCCCCAACCGAUUCUGGCUUAAGUGAAACGGAAACAGAUGAACGAAAAGAUUACCCAUCCUUUCCAUCUAAAAGUAGUGGGUCAAACAAUUUCCCCCUUGAUAAAAGUGAGUGUUUUGAAGCUAGCAAUCGGCUAAAGCGUUUGGAGGAACGCUUCCGAGGAUUUGCCUACACUAAGAAAAUAUUACGUGAAUCAAACUCCUCCAGUGGAAUUGUACCCCCACAAAAUUUGUCAUCGUCGCUUAGUUCCUUGUCGACUUUGCUCGCAGAUUAUACCAAAGACAGCACCAAUACUAACUUGGCAGCUUCCGUGCUGCCUCUAACUUCGUCGACUUCUGCACUGCCAGCAUCAUCGACUCGACCCAACGACAACCCCCUACAGUCGCCCUGGAAAACAUCAUCACUCAGCUGUCUCCAGAAGGAUACUCUCGCUGAACACGACCAAAACUCCCACAGCUUCAAAUCAAAACGGAUAGCCCCCAUCCUACCCCCACUGUCCUCCUCACUUCUCUCCCUCUCGGCAUCUUCGCUCCUCUCGCUGUCCUGUAUCGAUCUCGAACGAAAACAACGACAACAGAAACAGCACCAGGACAUAGUCAACAAUAACAACACCAACACCAAAACCAACCAUAACAACAAUCAAGAUUCCAAUCAGCCAGAACAAAACCUAUUAGGAAUCCGUACCUCGCUCAAUCUAGAUCAUCCUACCCAGCAAGCCCUAUCAAAAGCUUCCUCACUCCCUUCCCUGCUACCUCAAUACCUUUUCCCAGCUCCCCUUACCCCAAAACAACCUCUCAUCCCCGAAGACGAAGACGCAAACAACAACGUCCAUAAAUCAUCGGAAUCAGAACCGGAACAUCCCUUCAAUCGCGCCACCCCCUCCGAAUCCAGUGUCGAAUCGGAAGAAAUCUCCCAAAUCUUCCCCGGUGGAAAACCGCGAGUGACCAACACCGAUCUUGAGCUCCCUUCAAACCCCCCAGUCUCCCAAACUCCCUCCGAAGACGAACUCCUAGACCCGGACCUCAGUGACAGUGCCACAGAAGAAGAAACCCUAGAAUUUCUCAACCUAGAAAAAAUCCUCGCCACCGAUCCGCACACCAACUGCGAGUUCGACACAAGGCACCUCGCUCACUACGAACCGACUGUCUACCAGAUCCGUUACUGCUACGAUGAACUCGAGGAGGAGCUAGAGUGCGAAACCGGAAGUGUCGGGGGCCUCCUCUUGGGACCCCCCAGCGAAACUACCCACGGCCUCCUAAUCUCAACCGACGAAAACCAUCCGACCGCGUGUGAUUGUGUGAUAGAAGCCGUUCCCAUUUACCGGACCGAACCGAUCGAUAUGCGCGAAACGGCCGGCACACUGAGGGGACUCCUCAAAAAACCGAAUCGACCACCCCCGCUCCGCAAAAACCGGGUCGUCUUCGACGAGACCCGAAAUGAGUUCUUCGAAGCGGACUACAUCAUCCUCAUCAGGGAGGAUUGCCCGUACGACGAGGAGGACGAGGAACCGUGCACCUGCGGGGAACACGAGCUGGUUCGAAUAUGUUGUGACGAAGGCUGCAACUGUGGAUAUCAGCAGACGGCGGCCUCGGCGGCGACAACUGGCGGUGGUGGUAAUAGUGCAACAACUACCGCUGGAACGACGGCCGCCGCUGCCGGAGACGAUGGACGGACGCCACCGUUAACCUUGAUAAGAAAACCAUCCGACGAGGAAUGGAAAGGGUGA